AAUUAUGUUCAGUUACCCAGUCUGAUUGUUAUGUGAGUCUAUGGCUUCCAACUGCUUCAAUGAAAAGGACCAAAACCCAGACUGUGAAUGACAACAAAGACCCAGUGUGGAAUGAAACGUUUCACUUCAGGAUUCAGAAUCAAGUAAAGAACAUUAUGGAGCUCAAAGUCUGUGAUGAAGAUAAACAUUCUGCAGAUGACCAUCUCCUCACUGUUUUCUUUGAUGUAUCUAAAAUCCAACUUGGAGAAACUGUUCGUCUGAACUUUCAGCUGAAUCCAAAAGGUAUGGAGGAACUAGAAGUUGAAUUCACAAUGGAGAGCAGCCCUGAUGCUCCAGAAAAUAUCGCUACAAAUGGAGUCCUAGUAGCCCGAGAAGUUGCCUGUUUGGAAGUUCAAGUGGAUGGGGGGAGAAUGAAGAAGGAUUCAACAGAAGGAAGAUUUGCUCUUUCAGUGAGUGGAUCCCAUGAAGAAACCCAGAACCUCACAUUGCGCACUUGGUUUUGCCGUGCUGCUCCUGCUAAAUUUCACUAUAUGAAAUAUUUCCAAUCAGAACUAGACAUUGAACUGCGCAGGAGACAGCUCUGUGCGGCUUCCAGAGAGAAUGAGUCGACGACUGUUCCCCUGAAUUCACUUCCUAUUCAAGAGAAGGUGACAAUAGCACCGAACAAAACAUUUGAUCUGGAUGUGAAAUCAAAAGAUUGGACUCAGGGGCUGCUGUUCAAAAGCCCCAAAAAUAUUGAUGUGCGCCUAGGAUAUGAUCUGUGCUCAGAUGAGACAGAUUUCUUGCAAAGACGGAAGAAAGUGGUUGCCGAUGCUUUGAAAGGACUUCUUCGUUUAGGGCAUGGCCUGCAAGACCAUGAAGUGCCUGUGAUUGCUGUGACAACUACAGGGAGUGGUAUGAGAGCAUUAUCUGCUAUGUAUGGCACCCUUUGGGGUCUCCAGAGGUUGAAGCUUUUGGAUUGUGUUUCAUAUAUCGCAGGCUCCUCGGGUACAACAUGGACCAUGACAGAUUUGUAUGAAGAUGCUGAUUGGUCGUAUAGAGAUCUUGGGGAGAAAAUCAAGACAGCUCGGGUGCAAGCAGCCAAAUCUAAAAUGAGUGCCUUUUCCUUGGAAAGUCUGAAGAACUACCACAAGGAGCUAUGUCAGCGGACCAUGGCAGGAUAUAAAACGUCCUUUAUAGACCUUUGGGGACUCAUGGUUGAAGCUAUGCUGAAUGAUGGGAACAACAACCACAAACUCUCAGAUCAGCGGAAGGCAGUGAACCGGGGUCAGAACCCCCUGCCUAUCUAUCUGGCUCUCAAUGUAAAGGACAGUGUUGCCACAAGAGAUUUUAGAGAGUGGGUGGAGUUUACCCCCUAUGAGGCAGGAUUCCUAAAAUAUGGAGCUUUUGUCCGUGCUGAAGAUUUUGGAAGCCAGUUUUAUAUGGGACACCUAAUGAAGAAGCAUCCAGAGUCAAGGAUCUGCUUUAUGCAAGGGAUGUGGAGUAGUGUGUUUUCCAAGAACCUGCUGGAUGCCUGGCAUGCAGCUGACAAUUCCGAGGACUUCUGGAACAGAUGGACCCAAGAUGCCAUCACUGAAAUUGAGGAAGUACCCGAUCUACCAGAGAGACUGCAUGAGAUGCCAACUCGCAUGUUCACUCCUGCAGGAGGCCUUUCCAAUACUUUGCGGGAUAUUUUAACAGACCGUCCAGCAGUAUCAAAGUACCACAAUUUCUUGAACGGGUUUCAAAUGCACAAUGAAUAUACACAGAAUGGAUGGUUUUCUAGAUGGAAAGACUCUGUGCUUGAUGAGUCUCCUAAUCGACUGAGAGACCCUGCAGAUCACCUGGAACUUGUUGAUGCAGCGUUCUUCUUUGACACCAGUUGCCCACCACUCCUGAGACCAGAGAGGAAAGUGGAUGUCAUCCUGCACUUCAACUAUACUGGAGGAUCACAGACCAAGCCUCUGGAACGGGCCUCCACAUACUUCUCAGAGCAAGGAAUUCCGUUUCCUAAUACUGUGCUAAAUGAAGAAGAAAAGAAAAACCUGAAGGAAUGCUAUGUAUUUGAAGAUGCACACAACUUAGAAGCUCCCAUAGUGAUUUAUUUCCCAUUAGUGAAUGACAGCUUCCAAAGAUACAUUGCACCUGGUGUGGAACGCAGUGCAACUGACAUGUCCCUGGGCAACGUUGAUCUCUCUAGUGUCUUUUCUCCAUAUUCGACUCGACAGGUCUCACUGCAGGAAGAAGAUUUCAACAAGCUGCUGAACCUAACUAACUAUAAUGUCCAGAACAAUGCAAGCACCAUCUUGGAGGUUUUGCACAAAACAAUAGAACGGAAACAGGCUCAGUAAUCUCAAGCCUGAAUAUGCCUUCCUUGUCCCCUAACAUGAAAAAAAAGGAGGGCGAGAGACUAAAAGAGUUCUAAGAAAUAGCCCAGGGAUAGCUGGCAUAAAAGAACCAGAGCUAUCUGAACGUUGGCUGCCAAAAGUCUCUCCUCAUUAUUCAUAUUCACUAUAGCCUCAGAAGUUCUAAUAUAAGAGAAAGUCUUUGGUGCCCACAAAAUUUUGGAUCAUGGCACCUCCUGCUUCUCCUCCCAAUAUCUCCCAUAAAUUCAGAUUGUUGAUUAUUCAUACAUUUACUUGUAUUUAAUUAUGUCACUUGGACUGCAAUCCUAAGCACAGUUAAAAGGAAAUAAGCCCCACUGAACAUGGAACUUAACUUCCAAGUAAACAGGUAUAGGAUUGUACUGUUAAAUAGACAUGGGAUAGUUCGGAUGAGCACUGUCCAGCACACAGGUAUUGGAGUGUGUGUAGAGAGGUGAUUCAGAUUAAUGCUCUCCUCACACGAUUUGGGGUGUGUUGGGUAGGGGUGUGCACGGAACCGCGGAACUGCGG